GACUCGCUGCCGUAUGACUUCAGUCGCCUUCAUUAACGAUUCCACAAAGUAAAGGGACACUGAGUACACUUACCUCUAGUGUGCGAAACACUACAAGUAUAUCAGUGUGCACUCAAAUCAAUCUCUCUCUCUCUCUCUAAAGGCAAGACAGACCCCCGCGCAAAAAGACAUACAGGAAGAACAUCCAUUCUGACCCUGACCUCUGCUUUCCAUCCAGUCCACAUGACUGAGCCACGCAGCAACGCUGAACAGCAGACCAACACCUGUGUUCUCAGUUAAAACAAGAUGUCAUCAGCCAAUGAGAAUGGAGUCAGCGGGUCUAGCAAUAACAGUAGAGAGAAAACAUACAAAAAGACUACUUCAUCUGCCCUAAAAGGAGCUAUCCAGCUUGGCAUUGGUUACACCGUGGGGAAUCUGACCUCAAAACCUGACCGAGAUGUUCUCAUGCAGGACUUCUAUGUGGUGGAGAGUGUGUUUUUACCCAGUGAGGGGAGCAACCUGACUCCAGCGCACCAUUAUCCAGACUUCCGUUUCAAGACGUACGCACCACUGGCUUUUCGCUACUUCCGGGAGCUGUUCGGGAUCAAGCCAGAUGAUUACUUGUAUUCCAUUUGUAAAGAGCCCCUGAUUGAGUUGUCUAAUCCGGGCGCCAGCAGCUCCCUCUUCUACCUGACCAGCGAUGAUGAAUUCAUCAUCAAAACCGUCCAGCACAAGGAGGCAGAGUUCCUGCAAAAACUGCUUCCAGGAUACUACAUGAGAAAAAACAGCAACGGUACAGUGGCCAAAGACAAGGUAUAUUCAUCAGGAGGAUUUUGGCAGUGGUCCUUGUCAGAUUGUGGUAAGUUAAAUGUUGUGUUGUAUAUCAUGCAGGUGCUGGAGAGUUUUAAGAUCAUGGACUACAGUCUGCUGUUGGGGGUGCACGUUCUGGACCAGAGUCACAGAGAAGGAGACGUCAACAUUGUGGAUGGGAAGAGGACCGUGGGACAGAAAGUUCUUUACUCCACUGCCAUGGAGUCUAUUCAGGGAGACGGAAAGGCAGCAGAGGCUUUGACCACAGACGACACAAUGGGAGGCAUUCCUGCAAAAACACACAGGGAUGAGAAACUACUCAUUUUUCUAGGCAUUAUUGACAUCUUGCAGUCUUACAGAUUUAUUAAGAAGCUGGAGCACUCCUGGAAGGCACUCGUCUAUGAUGGUGAUACGGUGUCUGUGCACAGACCGAGUUUCUAUGCAAACAGAUUUCUCAAGUUCAUGAGCUCCAGAGUAUUCAGAAAGAUUCAGCGUAAGUCAACAACACAAUUUAGUAUCUUUGUCAUGCACUGUACAUUUAUUCCUCCCAGUCACCUCAUGUGGUUGUUAUUGUCAUCUCAUACUACAGUGUUCUGGUCCUAUAACCGUCCUGACCUGGUCCCUCAGACUCCUUACCCGUAUGAAGUCUCUUCCUUGAGCCACACCCUCUCCCCGCCCUCUAUUUACGUCACAGAUCGGUACCGGGAGGCCAAAUCAAAUGAAAGAUGUGCCUGCUCAACUUUUACAUUGGAGGACAGCGCCAUCUGUCUGACAUCGGAGCAAAGCACCAUGGACAUAGACAGAGAUGAGGACUCAGUGCUGGAUGUCUACUUUUAAGGAGCAAAACGAGAUGAUCUUUCAUCUCUACCUUCUCCAUCACCUGCCACACAGUAGUCCUCUGGAUCCUCAUGUGCCGAGAGCGCCACCUGCUGCCAAAAAAUAAAACAUCCGCCAAUACAACAUCUACAAACAUACUGGAACUGUAUCUGUACAUUAGAAUCACAGUGCUAAAUAUUUCCCUGGACUGGUCGGAGGGAAUAUGGCUACAAGAUUUCAGAUUCAUGGACAUCCAUAACCAAAUGCUGAUGUAGCCCUUACAUUACAGGCAGCUCUGGCAUCAGACCGAUGUCACGUCACGUCAUUCAUUGUUUUGGAAACAUGCAAUAAUUACGCUCCUUUAAUAUGCAAAGAUAGUUUCUAACAACUAUCUUCUUUACCUCCUAAUGGAUCUAGUGUUUAGUGACCUAGAAUGCAGUGCUUGGCGAUUCAAACUCUAGGUAACAGAGCUGUUCAGAUAUUUGUAAAUGUGCAAUCUUCAUACAUUAUACAAGUGUGUGUUAUCGUAGUUCUCCUCACUGGAGUAAUAAUCCUGAUGUUUUAUUUCCAAACAAACACAGUUUCUAGGAAACAACAGAUGUGUGACUUUAGUUCUCAGACAUCUCUUAUGAUCACAAAUGUGUCAUGUACUGUAGAUGUAGGAGUGUCUUUCACAGUGUAACUUCAGUCAUGCUCAGAUUUAUGCUGGUACAUCAGCUCCUGAUAAUCAAGAGUGGAAUUCCCAUCAGCAGUGUGCAUUAUUUACAUAUAUACAGAUGCCAGAAUAUUUUUAUGUUCUAAAAUGCAGAUGAGAAGUCAGUCUUUCAUGUGGGGAUGGGUGAGUUUCAUACACGUUUAUACAUUCUCUCAGGAGUUCCUUUUCCUAGAAGCGUCCAAAUGAUUGCUUUAUGUUAGAUGCUAGUGCGCUUCUGAUUUUUAAAUGCCAUGUCAGAACUGUCUUUUGAAUAUUAUUAUUGCACCUUUGUUUGUGUUGAG